AAGUUGACAAAUUUUGAUGUUAGUCAAUUCCGGAGUAUUCACUUUAAUUUAAAAAUAUUUCAGAAAUUGUAGUUGUUGCUUCAUUCAACAACCAUUUUCAUUUCUACUCUUUCCCCACCAAUCGCCACCCUCUUCCGCCAUGGCUUCAUCAGCCCAAGCCCCUUCUCAGAGUGAUGAAGUAUAUCAGCUGAUCAAAGCUCAUCAGGAAAAGGCUGCUAGACUGCCUCCCAUAGAAGAAAUAAAAACUAUCCUUGUUCAUAGUAUUCGUGGCAUGAUUUCUACCUUCUCUCAGAAGCAUGAGGGUUAUCCCUCAGGAUCAAUGGUCGAUUUUGCUUGUGAUGCCAAUGGUUCUCCAAUAUUAGCAGUCAGUAAUUUGGCAAUUCAUACAAAGGAUCUCUUGGCUAAUCCCAAAUGUUCUUUGCUUGUUGCUAAAGAUCCAGAGGAUAGAACAGAUUUAAUUAUAACUCUACAUGGCGAUGUUGUUUCUGUUCCUGAAAUGCAGAGAGGAGAUGUUCGUGCGUCAUAUUUGGCGAAGCAUCCUGAUGCAGUUUGGGUUGACUUUGAUGACUUCCAAUUUUUACGCAUUGAACCAAAAUUUGUAUGCUUUGUUUCUGGUGUUGCAACAGCUCUGUUGCGAACAGAAGAAUUUACUAACAAGGAGUUUAAAGAAGCAAAUGUAGAUCAAAUAUAUCAGUUUUCAAAGCCUAUAUCGUCUCACAUGAAUAAAGACCAUUUAAAUGACACAAAGCUCAUAGUUCAACACUCAACAUCAGUUCUGGUAGACUCUGCAUACAUGUUAGAUGUUGACAGCCUUGGCUUCAAUGUAAAGGCUGGUUAUCAAGAUAACUACUUAAAGCUUCGCAUUCCAUUCCCUAGACGUGCAGAAGAAAGAAAGGAUGUAAAGACACUUAUAAUUGAAAUGCUUCAAGCCGCCAAGUCUCGAGCUGAUUGAUUGUGCCAACAAGCGGCACACAAACAGAUAAAUACUGUCUUUAACCCUUUCCGACCGGUGCUUGUGCUAGUAUAUACUGGUUGUAAACAUUGUGCAACAUACAAAGAGUUAAAUGCUUUCUUACAUACACAUUACCCUAUAUAUUUCUUCCCAACAUACACAUUACUCUAUGUAUCUAUACUAUAUUAUAAAGCAGAUUCCUUCCAGAUUUUCAA